GCAAGAUAGGAGCGUCGGAACCGAGCGCGUAGUACUUGUGGGGCGUAUCAGCGGUGGUAGAGGCGCGACAGUGAUUCACUCUAUUGGAAUUUUAUUUUUCCUCUCAACAUCUUUGUCCCAUGUUCAGCUAAGUCUUUUUGUCACCUCGGCUGCACGGACUCUGGCUCAAGAGGAGCAAUUACCAGAGGCACCUUCAUCAUGGUUCCGGAGAUGAUCCUGAUAAAGGAUGUGGAAGGUGCCGACUUUUCGGAGCCCGUGUGCUUCGUUGAAGCGGUCUCACAGUCGCUGCGCUGCGCGAUGUGCGAAAAUGUGUCUCCAACCAUGAAGGAGGACAGUCACGGACACAUGUACUGCAUCUCGUGCAUCAACAUGAUCGAGGAAGAAGGCAAAUUUGUUUGCGAGAACGAUGGGAACGUUGAACGGAUCAGCGAGAUGCGUCAGUCGACAAGCGCAUGGGACCAAGUUCUUCAACUUGUUGUCAAGUGUCCGAAGCACAAGUUUGGGUGCAAAUUUCAAGCCAGCGUAGAAGAAAUCCUGCUUCAUUACCAGACAUGCCAGGAAGAUUCGCGGAAACCUUGUGCGUUCUGUGGGGAGCUGAUUGAAUCCAAAGAGCACGCUGCACAUAUAACGGCAUCCUGCCCGAAGAGACCGGUGACCUGUCCGUUCUGUAAGAACGACAUCGAGGAAUGUAAUCUGGUGGAUCACCUUGAUGACUGCGACUGUCGACCAGCGAAUUGCACUUACUGCGGCAGACCUUUUGAUACGUUCAAAGAACUUCGUGAUGUGCAUCUCAUGGAAUGCCCUCGAAUGCCGAUAGACUGUCCUUACAAACAUCUGGGAUGUGAUUACAAGGGACCCAGGCAGGAAAUAUUGACUCACACGCAAAAUAGCACGCACAUUGAAAUUCUUCUGGAACGGCUGAACGUCAUGGACGAGGCAUUGCAGGAGGCACGAAGAGAAAAUGCUAAACUUGAACAAAGAGUACGAGAACUGGAAGACCGUCAGUCUGAAGCAGAUCAAUAUUCUGUGGAUAUGCGAGACAGCAUUGAUGUUAACAAGCAUGAUCUGGAGAUUCUCAAAGGCGAUGUCCAGCGGCUGUCGCAGGAACCAGUCACUCGAAGAAGAGAGGAGGAACUCGGUGAACGCCUAGAAACGUUUCUUGGGCCUUUUGAACACCUGCUAAACGGCCUACGUGACGUGGACCAGGCGUGAACAGCUCUUUCACUUGUUCUUUGAUCACGUCGGUCUAGGCAUGCCAUUUGCUGCGUUUACACAUGGACGAUUUCUUGUAUCAAUCACUGGCGAUAGGCCAGAAAGUUUGAUUAAAAAUGAAGUUCUUCCGAA